AGAACAUUUCGUGGUAGGACUAGGAAUGCCGGGACGGUCGGUCCCUGCUCAAGUUUGCGCGACGCCCAGCUCGGGCAGGAUGUCUUGUUCUCUCGUUUUCGGCGCGUGGGCCCCAGGGGUCCCGGCACUUUCCCCGCCGCAGUUUCCGCUCCGAGCUCGACCUGGAUGGUCCUGGGCCUGGCGGGGGCCCCCAGAGGCCAAAACCGGCGAGCAAUCUUCGUAUCAUAAAGAUCUGGGAGAUUUGCCCCCCCGACGGCCGCCAAGGCGUGCGCCAUUCACUGCGGAGGGUGGGACAAGAUCAACGGCGGCCAGUGCACGCACGCUUGGCGCAUGCUCACGGGCUGCAAGGAGCAGUACACCUUCAUGCCUGACGCCAGCGGAAUGUACGGCUGCUUCGGGGCCAUGAACCCCAACACGAACGAGUGGGAGGAGCUCGCCAAUUCGCCCCACGACGGGUUCCGCGGCCUGUGGCCCAACCCGUGGCCUGCAGUGGGCGGCGGCGGUGGCUUGCAGCACAAGGUCGACCGAGACGAGAUGUUCGAGCGCAUGUGCGCGUUCGACGACGAGAACUUCAUCAUGGGCGCGGGCACCAAGUCCGGCUCGGACACGCAGGACACCGACGGCAUCGUGGACGGCCACGCUUACACGAUCAUCGACUGCGUCAACAACGCGGGGGGCACGGAGUUCGAUCUGAUCAAGGUGCGCAAUCCGUGGGGCUCGGGCGAGUUCAAGUCAGGCAUGUGGGACGACGAUGGCCCUGGCUGGACGCAGUACCCGCAAGUCAAGGAGGCCCUGAAUCCUGUGGCGGCCGACGACGGUGUGUUCUGGGUUGACAAGGAGGAGUUCUUCAAAUACUUCAAGACCAUCUACGUGUGCGCGAAGAACAUGACCGAAUUCAUCGAAGCUCCUCAGUAAGUUGGCCGUUUUCGCGGGGUACAUUCGGUGGAUUCAAAUUUUCUUGGAGGUAGUAUACAAUGCUGGCCUGGCCGUUUCGCACGGGUGCUAGAGAAUAGGCGAGGAGAGUUGCGAAGCGGUGUUUUCCGGCGCUUCGUUUCUUUCUUUAUUCGCCAGUCUCGUACGCUGGCAGCGGCCAGGCCGCCCUUGCAGCGAGAAAUACCCGCUGCAUUUGUGGGCGGCUUGUCCCAAGAAAGGUUCAAUUGGUUUUAUUUCCUUCGGCACGACUUAGGGUUCCGGACAAGCGCAGCGGCGUCAUAGCCGUCACGUGUUGCUGUCCUUGCUAUUUGUCUACUGUUUGUGGAUGCCAUGCCACGAUCCCGGAAGCAAUUCCUUGCACGCCGCUGCGCUCGGCUGCAAGGCUGGAGAUGUUCAAGCACAGCCAGCAGCGCACGCGUCACUGUCGCGCCCGCGCCAUGGUCCGCAUAAUCGUGUGGACGAGUGGGGCCUGGCGCCCGCCGCGCGCGCAUAGGAGAGGCGACGUGCGCCCGGCGUGGCCCGCGCCCUCUGCGCGCUGGCGAGGAUGGGGAUGCUCGCCCCCCCUCCCCCCGUCCUUC